AUGAGAGCGCUCGCUGUCCUGUCUGUCACGCUAGUUAUGGCCUGCACAGAAGCCUUCUUCCCUUUCAUCUCGAGAGGGAAAGAACUCCUUUGGGGAAAGCCUGAGGAGUCUCCUGUCGCCAGCAUCUUGGAGGAAAGCAAGCGCCUGGUAGACACCGCCAUGUACGCCACGAUGCAGAGAAACCUCAAAAAAAGAGGAAUCCUUUCUCCAGCUCAGCUUCUGUCUUUUUCCAAACUUCCUGAGCCAACUAGCGGAGUGAUUGCUCGAGCAGCAGAGAUAAUGCAAACAUCAAUACAAGCGAUGAAAAGAAACGUCAACCUGAAAACUCAACAAUCACAGCAUCCAACGGAUGCUUUAUCAGAAGAUCUGCUAAGCAUCAUUGCAAACAUGUCUGGAUGUCUCCCUUACAUGCUGCCCCCAAAAUGCCCAAACACUUGCCUGGCGAACAAAUACAGGCUCAUCACAGGAGCUUGCAGCAACAGAGACCACCCCAGAUGGGGCGCCUCCAACACGGCCCUGGCACGAUGGCUCCCUCCAGUCUAUGAGGAUGGCUUCAGUCAGCCCCGAGGCUGGAACCCCGGCUUCUUGUACAACGGGUUCCCACUGCCCCCGGUCCGGGAGGUGACAAGACAUGUCAUUCAAGUUUCAAAUGAGGUUGUCACAGAUGAUGACCGCUAUUCUGACCUCCUGAUGGCAUGGGGACAAUACAUCGACCACGACAUCACGUUCACACCACAGAGCACCAGCAAAGCUGCCUUCGGGGGAGGGGCUGACUGCCAGAUGACUUGUGAGAACCAAAACCCAUGUUUUCCCAUACAACUCCCGGAGGAGGCCCGGCCGGCCGCGGGCGCCGCCUGUCUGCCCUUCUACCGCUCUUCGGCCGCCUGCGGCACCGGGGACCAAGGCGCGCUCUUCGGGAACCUGUCCGUGGCCAACCCGCGGCAGCAGAUGAACGGGUUGACCUCAUUCCUGGACGCGUCCACCGUGUAUGGCAGCUCCCCGGCCCUGGAGAGGCAGCUGCGGAACUGGACCAGCGCAGAGGUGCUCCGCGUCCACGCGCGCCUCCGGGACUCCGGCCGUGCCUACCUGCCCUUCGCGCCGCCACGCGCGCCUGCGGCCUGUGCGCCCGCGCCCGGCAUCCCCGGAGAGACCCGCGGGCCCUGCUUCCUGGCCGGGGACGGCCGCGCCAGCGAGGUCCCCUCCCUGACGGCGCUGCACACGCUGUGGCUGCGCGAGCACAACCGCCUGGCCGCGGCACUCAAGACCCUCAACGCGCACUGGAGCGCGGACGCCGUGUACCAGGAGGCGCGCAAGGUCGUGGGCGCUCUGCACCAGAUCAUCACCCUGAGGGAUUACAUCCCCAGGAUCCUGGGACCUGAGGCCUUCCAGCAGUACGUGGGUCCCUAUGAAGGCUAUGACUCCACCGCCAACCCCACUGUGUCCAACGUGUUCUCCACAGCCGCCUUCCGCUUCGGCCAUGCCACGAUCCACCCGAUGGUGAGGAGGUUGGACGCCAGCUUCCAGGAGCACCCCGAUCUGCCUGGGCUGUGGCUGCACGAGGCCUUCUUCAGCCCAUGGACACUCCUCCGCGGAGGUGGUUUGGACCCACUAAUACGAGGCCUUCUUGCAAGACCAGCCAAACUGCAGGUGCAGGAUCAGCUGAUGAAUGAGGAGCUGACGGAAAGGCUCUUUGUGCUGUCCAAUUCCAGCACCUUGGAUCUGGCGUCCAUCAACCUGCAGGGCCGGGACCACGGGCUGCCAGGUUACAAUGAGUGGAGGGAGUUCUGCGGCCUGCCUCGCCUGGAGACCCCCGCUGACCUGAGCACAGCCAUCGCCAGCAGGAGCGUGGCCGACAAGAUCCUGGACUUGUACAAGCAUCCUGACAACAUCGAUGUCUGGCUGGGAGGCUUAGCUGAAAACUUCCUCCCCAGGGCUCGGACAGGGCCCUUGUUUGCCUGUCUCAUCGGGAAGCAGAUGAAGGCUCUGCGGGAUGGUGACUGGUUUUGGUGGGAGAACAGCCACAUCUUCACGGAUGCUCAGAGGCGUGAGCUGGAGAAGCACUCCCUGUCUCGGGUCAUCUGUGACAACACCGGCCUCACCAGGGUGCCCGUGGAUGCCUUCCAAGUCGGAAAAUUCCCUGAAGACUUUGAGUCUUGUGACAGCAUCCCUGGCAUGAACCUGGAGGCCUGGAGGGAAACCUUUCCUCAAGACGACAAGUGUGGCUUCCCGGAGAGCGUGGAGAAUGGAGACUUUGUGCACUGUGAGGAGUCUGGGAGGCGCGUGCUGGUGUAUUCCUGCCGGCACGGGUAUGAGCUCCAAGGCCAGGAGCAGCUCACCUGCACCCAGGAAGGAUGGGAUUUCCAGCCUCCCCUCUGCAAAGAUGUGAACGAGUGUGCAGACGGCGCCCACCCCCCUGCCACGCCUCCGCGAGGUGCAGAAACACCAAGGGCGGCUUCCAGUGCCUCUGUGCGGACCCCUAUGAGUUAGGAGACGAUGGGAGAACCUGCAUAG